UGACAGCGGACGUGCAAACACAAGAGGUGAGGGAGCGUGGAGAUCUGUACUGGCAGUGCAGACAGAGGACUUUCUUUUUUCUCAAAAGGAGUUUCAGGGGAAAGUGCGAAAAACGCCCUGUGCUGCUGGAUGGUUGACUGAGCUGCGGUGGAACAUCUGGUGCAUAUUUAAAUCCAAGUAGCCACAUCCUCGCACACAUCGGCCCCUUUGACCUUUAGCCCUAACAUCCCAGUUGGAGUGUGAUCUGGCGGGAUGGCAGAGGGCGAUGUGGGAGCAUGCCCGCAGGUGUUUGUGGUGGACAGUCAAGCCAACUACAUCUCCGUGCCAGGUGGAAAGAAACCAAGAUGGGCAAGAUCAGGCCAAAAGUUUCUUCUUCUGCUGGUGGGACUCUCCCUGUUGGGACUUGUUAUCGAGGGAUGUUUCAUCUACACUCUAUAUAAAAAAACAGAGAAACUCCAGUCCAGUCAGCAGAGUGGCACCAUUAUGAAGCAAUCGGAAUAUGGAGUUCACAACAAUGAGAUUCACACAGUGACACCACCUCUGGAACAAUCUCAACAGAGGCCCUUCGCUCAACUGAUAGGUUCCAUUAAUUAUCGUGGGCAAGAAAAUGUGGUGUUGUGGGAACAUAAAGACGGCCACAGCGUCUCCUACAACAUGAACUACAAUGAUGGCCGGUUGGUGGUCGAGAAGAAGGGUUACUACUACAUCUAUUCCAAAUUGACAAUUAAUGCUGUACAAGAGUGUGUGCUUAUCCAGCACAGGAUCAUGAGAGAAACUGAAGCCUAUGACGCUGCUAUAGAACUUGUGAAAUCAAAAAGUUACCGUUGCAGGGUCACGAGACAUUCCAGCACAAAGGCUACACAAGAGGAGGAUCUGUGGAACAGUUUUCUGGCGGGGAUCUUUCACCUGGACAGUGGAGAUAAAAUCUAUGUCAAAUUGGAUAAUUUAACCACAAUGCGUACAGGACCUACUGACAAUCUCAUGGGAGCGUUUAUGAUAUAUUCAGGCGAUAUGCUGCGAUAAUGUCUGUGUCCCACAUUGUGACCAGAUUCUGUCUAUCCGUGUGUUAAUUUACACCAUAUGUAGUGGUGAAUUAUAUAUAUAUAAUCUAAAUUAUGCUGCACUCAAAGAAUGUAUUAGAAUUUUAUGAAAAAAAGAUUUUUUAUUCAACACAUGAUUGUGACAGCAUGAAAAGUAUCUGAUAUUCAGGUUGUAUAAUCCUAUGUGAUAAUUUGAUGCAUAUAUUGUUUUUAUUGUG